CGCACACAAACACACCACACCCCAUUCUAGCCGCGCGGGGGCGUCUCAGAGCUCUGCAGCCAUCCAUGGCGGAAGUCUUAGCUGGAUUGCUCACUUCCGCCGUCGUCGGCGUUGCCAAAGAUAAGCUGGCCUCGGUCAUCGCGGAGAAGGCCAACUUUCUGUGGAAUUUCGAGGACGACCUGGAGGACAUGAUGGCUGUUCUGGAGACCAUCUCAGCGGCUCUCCAGGAUGCCGAGAGGCGGUCGGUCAAGGAGAAGCUGGUGCUGCUGUGGCUGAAGCGGCUCAAGAACUCAGCCUUGGACAUCUCCGACAUGCUCCAAGACUACCAAGACACUAGCAAGCAGUUAACUGCAAAGGUGCCUGGUGUGCUCUCAUGUCUACCCAUUGCGUGUAAGAAGACUAAUGUGGCUAGUAGGAUGAAGAGUAUUAGAGAAGAACUGGGGAAAAUCAAUAAAGAAUUUCGUGAUUUUAAAUUUUCAAAUGGUGGGACUACCAAUUCUGUUGACCAGUUUGAUGACGUUCGCGAAACAUCAUCAUGUCUGCCUAACGAACCAAUAAUAGGGAGAAAUAUAGAAAAGCAGGAAAUCAUAAACUUGCUAGCAGCAGGUACAAAUAAGGAAGAGACAUUGAUUGUUGCUAUCUAUGGCCUUGGAGGUAUGGGCAAGAGUACUUUAGCACAACAAAUUUAUAAUGAUGCACAUUUCAAGAAGUAUGAUCAUCGUAUAUGGGUUUAUGUGUCCCGGGAUUUCAGUUUAAGGAAAAUUGGAAGCUCUAUAAUUUCUCUGCUACCAAUAGAAGGAGGCCAUCAAAACAGGGACACGCUGGAGGCGAUAAAUCAGUGCCUUAAUACCCAGCUCCAUGGCAAGAAGGUUUUGAUUGUUUUAGAUGACUUAUGGGAGGAGAAGGAUGCUGAGUUGGGGAAACUGAGAAGAAUGCUUCACGUUGGCAAGAAGGACAGUAUGAUAGAUGUCAUAGUAACCACACGCAAUGAAGACAUUGCAAGGAAAGUUUCCACUAGUGAACCGUACAAGCUUCAGCCUCUGAAAGAUGCUACAUGUUGGGAAAUAAUUAAGAGAACUAGUAAGUUUGAACAAGAACAUAACCAGGAAGGAUUCAAGCAGAUAGGAUUGGAUAUUGCAAAGAAAUGUGGUGGUGUGCCAUUAGCAGCUCAAGCAGUUGGCUACCUGCUACAAUCCAAGCAACUGUCUAAAUGGAUAGAAAUAAACAACAGUGAUAUCUGGAAUGAAUAUUCUGAGGAUGAUGUUAGUGUUCUUCCAUCCUUGAAGCUAACUUAUGAAAGGAUGCCACCACAACUAAAAGUAUGUUUUUCCUACUGCGCCAUAUUCGAAAAAGGCCACAACAUCACAGAGGAUGAUUUGAUUCACCAGUGGAUUGCUCUUGAUUUUAUCAAGCCAUCCAUGGGGAAGAAAUACAUCAGGCAACUUUUGGGGAUGUCCUUCCUUCAGGUUUCAAAGUCGCCCUGGGCUUUUGGAGAGCAUAUGGCACGGUACACCAUGCACGACUUGAUUCAUGAUCUAGCAACAUUAAUCAUGGCAGAUGAGUUAAUUGUUUCAGACGUCGCAUCGAAGAGCAAUAACACACAUGGCCAGAAAUAUUGUCGCUAUGCAUUGGUUACAAAGUAUGACCAGGCACAGGCGACAAAAUUAUCAUAUAUUUUGCCGUCCAAGGUGAGAGCACUUCAUUUUUCAGAUUGCAAUAAGCUGGAUGUCGCUAAUGGGGCAUUUUCAUUCGCAAAGUGUUUGCGCAUUUUGGAUUUCAGUGGAUGCUCUAGUGUACAGUUGCCAGCCUCUAUUGGUAAACUUAAGCAGCUGAAGUAUCUCUUUGCUCCAAGAAUGCAAAAUGAUGUUCUCCCGGAAUAUAUCAAUGGGCUAGCAAAACUGCAGUACUUAAACUUGAAAGAAUCUUCUCGCAUUUCUGCACUACCAGAGUCAAUUGGCAAGCUCUCCGGGUGUCUGGAAUUUCUGGGUUUAUCUGGUUGCUCUGGCAUAUCAGAACUGCCAGCAUCAUUUGGUGAUUUGAAAUGUAUGAUGUAUCUUGACAUGUCAGGUUGUUCUGCGAUAAAAGAACUCCCAGACUCAGUUGGUCAUCUCACAAAUUUGCAGCGCCUUGAGUUAUCUGGAUGCAAUAGUCUAAAAGCGAUACCUGAAUCUUUGUGUGGCCUCACACAACUCCAAUAUUUGAGCUUAGAAUUUUGCACAUAUAUUGUACGGCUACCGGAAGCUAUAGGCUGCCUGGUUGAUCUACAGUAUUUAAACUUGUCACAUUGUGGCGUCACGGAACUUCCAUUGCAUCUUGAAUUGGCAUUGUGCUCUAUAAAGAAAGAGUUACCGAGAGCUCUGCGUGGACUGACCAGAUUAGAGUAUCUGGAUAUGUCAUGGAAUGGUCUGGUGGUGGGGAAAAUGGAGAAGGAUGAUCUACUAGACGCUAUGAAAAGCCUCACCAGUCUCAAGGUUUUGUAUUUGUCAGGUUGCCUCAAAAGAUGCUUUGAUGUGAAAAAGAAUGAUGCUUAUCUUGAUUUCAUCGGUACCCUUACCAACCUGGAGCAUCUGGACCUAUCGUCGAAUGGAGAACUUGAGUAUCUACCAGAAAGUAUUGGUAACCUCAAAAGGUUGCAUACGUUGAAUCUCAGAAAUUGCUCUGGACUCAUGUCCCUCCCAGUGAGUAUAAGUGGUGCAACUGGGCUGAAGUCUUUAGUGCUGGACGGAUGCUCACACGAAGUGAUGGACCAGGCCACUUCUCUGUUGCAUUAUUCAUUAACAUUACCACUUUUUAAGGUUCGUGCUGAUGACAUCAGCGGUUACAGCAAUCUGCACCAGCUCCAGGGUGAAAGUGACAUUGGUGGGUUAAAUAUUGUUUCCCUUGAAAACGUCAGAUUUCUGGAAGAAGCACAGAGACUUAAGCUGUCGGCCAAACAGAAUCUUGUGAAGUUGACACUGUCUUGGACCAAGGAUGCCCAUCGACUUAUAGAGGACAAGGAUUUAUUGGGAGAACUAGUACCACCGAUGAGUCUCAAGUCCUUCCGUCUUGAAGGUUAUAGCAGUCCUAGCUUUCCGAGCUGGCUCAUGGUCAUUUCUCACCAUCUCUCCAGUCUUACUCAAAUUACCCUGGAUGGUCUACCUAAAUGUAGCAACCUACCACCACUUGGACAGUUACUAUGCCUAGAAAGUCUGUUUCUCUCGUGUGCACCUGGCAUUACAAAAAUUGACAGUGGUUUCUGCGGUGGCGCAGGAGCAUUUCCCCGGUUGAAGCGUGUCGAUGUAUCUGAUAUGGAUGGCUUGGAGGAGUGGAAUACAACAUACAUUGGUGAGGCUGGCGUGGAGGAGUUCAUGUUCCCUGUGCUAGAAAGAUUAGAGGUAUCUUGGUGUCCAAGGUUGAGGUUGAAACCAUGCCCACCAAACAGCAAGUCACUCGUAAUACGAACAAGCGACCAAGUCAUAUCGUCACUGGAGGAGAUAGAAACCAGCAGCCAUUAUGUCCGCAACUCUACUCCAACCACUAGACUGCUCAUCCAUGUAAGCCAGCGCCAGAGUUUCAGGCUGUUUCACCACUUCCCUGCCCUCCAGCACUUGCAGUUGGGGAAAUGUCCAAAUCUGGGAAGCUUGCCGGAGGGCAUACGGCAUCUCUCUUCCCUUCAAAGUCUGGCGCUGAGAAGCUGUGACAGUAUAUCGGCACUGCCAGAAUGGCUGAGCGACAUCUCCUCUCUUAAAGAACUCCACAUCUGUGAAUGUACGAGCAUCAAGUCUUUGCCUCAAUGUAUACAGCAGCUCACCAACCUCCAGAAGCUAGUUAUUUAUGGAAACCAGGAGCUACGUCAGUGGUGUGAGUCAGAAGAGAACAAGGCCAAGCUCGCACACAUUAAGGAAAUAAGAUAUGACUAAUUACUACGGAAAAUGGGCAUCAGAGUUAAAAGGUUACGGAUACAAUCCGCUGGAGUUCAUUUGGAACCUUCUUCUAUAUUUUUUUUCUUUACAUUUUUUACGUGCACUAUACAUUUUUUGUAUUGUGUAAUUAUUAAAUUAUCUAGACACUUCUCAGAUGUGUAUUACAAGGACUGGGUCUUGUCAUACUGUUAUCCACUUACUACUGCAGAAAAUAUUUCGUUCUCCAGCCAUUCAUUACAAAACAUUUAUGAUAAUAUAUCACCGACGAUUUGUAA